AGGAACCGUGUGGAUCUCUGACCGACAUGCCUCUCAUUACUGACAGAAAAUACAUGCAGUAGAUCUUCUGAUGGGAUGGUUUCUUGCAGCCAUUAUCCUUUUCUAAUGCUGUUAUUCUCCUAUGUGAGGCAGAUCUUCCCUCAGUAAUUCAUUGUAGGCUCGGAGGCGGUUGUCCUGAUGAAGUGUCGGCAGAGGGAGGAGGAAACCAAAGAGAGGAAGGAAACGAGGAUAACGUCACAAGAAGCAGAAUCGGAGUAAAACGGACUGAAUAGUAUUUAAUGGACAGUGCUUGAUGCGGGCCAGGGGACCGAGCUGCUCAAUUGUGUUUGUUUACGUCGCAUUUGGACAAAGAUGUGUUUGUUAACUGAUCGGGCGUGAAAAAAAAAAAACCUUUUCGAGGAGGAAACGGCAACACAGCAGCAGAUUUCAUCUUUUUUCAGCAGGCUCCACCACAGCAGAGAAAUGGAAAUGUGUGUAGCCCUCCUCCGUUUGCCUGUUCGCUGAAGGAUUUGGAAAUAGCCUAAUCGUGACACACGGAGCUUUAAGUGGAUCUCAUUUUUUUUAAUGAGCAGAAAAGACUAAAUCCUCCAGCGGAUUUUUUUUUUGUGGGGACGCUGCCUUCGGUUUUUUUUGUAACGGCAGAGGGGGAAAAAGCAGCAAAUCAUCGGGAGAAUUAACAGGUGACAGCUUGAAAAAUCCAAAAUGAGUGAGUUGGAGCAACUUCGCCAGGAGGCUGAGCAGCUUAGGAACCAGAUACGAGAUGCCAGGAAAGCAUGUGGAGACUCAACCCUGACACAGAUAACUGCUGGUCUGGAUCCUGUGGGGCGGAUCCAGAUGCGGACGAGGCGCACCCUCCGAGGCCAUCUCGCUAAGAUCUACGCCAUGCACUGGGGCACUGACUCAAAGCUUCUGGUUAGUGCCUCUCAAGAUGGAAAACUGAUCGUCUGGGACAGCUACACCACUAACAAGAUACACGCGAUCCCUUUGCGCUCCUCCUGGGUGAUGACCUGUGCGUACGCCCCCUCUGGGAACUACGUGGCCUGCGGAGGCCUGGACAACAUCUGCUCCAUCUACUGCCUGAAGACUCGCGAGGGCAACGUGAGGGUCAGCAGGGAGCUACCUGGCCACACAGGUUACCUGUCAUGUUGCCGUUUCAUCGAUGACAAUCAAAUCAUCACGAGUUCAGGAGACACCACCUGUGCACUGUGGGACAUCGAGACGAGUCAGCAGACCACAGUGUUCUCGGGCCACAGUGGAGACGUCAUGAGUCUGUCUCUGUCGCCCGACCUGCGCACCUUCGUGUCCGGAGCCUGCGACGCCUCGGUCAAACUGUGGGACAUCAGAGACAGCAUGUGCCGGCAGACCUUCACGGGCCACGAGUCGGACAUCAACGCCAUCUGUUUCUUUCCCAACGGCAGCGCCUUCGCCACCGGCUCGGACGACGCCACCUGCAGGCUGUUCGAUCUCCGUGCCGACCAGGAGCUCAGCCUCUAUUGCCAUGACAACAUCAUCUGCGGCAUCACCUCCGUGGCUUUCUCCCGCUCCGGCCGCCUGCUGCUGGCCGGUUACGACGACUUUAACUGCAACAUCUGGGACGCCAUGAAGGGAGACAGAGCAGGGGUCCUGGCCGGCCAUGACAAUCGUGUGAGCUGUCUGGGUGUGACGGAUGACGGUAUGGCGGUGAGCACCGGGUCCUGGGACAGCUUCCUCAAGAUCUGGAACUGAGCUGUGCACACCGACAGCAACACACAUACACACACACACACACACACACACAGACACACACACACACACACACACACACAGACACACGCACACACACAGACACACACACACGCACACACAGCUCCCUUCUUUGGACACAGUUUGCACCCUGUAUUCACUGUAUGUAAGAUUCAACAGACAAACUGCAACAUUGUACUGUACAUAAUAUAUAUGACUUAGGUAUGACUUUAUACACACACGCGCACACACACACACACACACAUGCACACUACCUACAGCUGAUUUAAGUAAAGACCCACACACACACACACACACACACACACACACACACACACACACACACACACACACACACACACACACACACACACACACACACACACACACACACACACACACACACACACACACGUAUUCUGUAAAAUGUAAAAAUGUGACAAAAACAGUUGAAUCUUCAGUUGCUUAAAUAAAAAAUAAACACAAAUGCCACUAUGACCUGAAGCCUUUUAACACGUCUAACAUGCUCAUUCACACACACACACACACACACACACACACACACACACACACACACACACACACACACACACACACACACACACACACACACACACACACACACACACACACACACACACACACACACACACAUAGUUUUUCCUGCGAGACACUGCUCCUCCAGUUAAACAGGGGAGAAGACGUUAUUGGACAAUUCUGUCUUUGUUUACAAUGAAGUCCAAAAUGCACUUCAGACAAAACAUUUCUGUACUAUUUUUGUCUCGGUAGCACAUGUAUCUCUGCGACACUAAUGUGAAGGAAGUGAGGAGAGAGUCAUGUGAGUCCAUUAACACUGAAAAAAGAGGAGAAUAUCAACUCUUAUUUUCAUCUGGCUCGAGACAUUAUGUAGUCACUGUUUUUAUAGAUACGUACCCCCCACACACAGUACAUCUGCUCUUCUUGUUUUAUUUUUUACACUUAUUUAUUCAUGUUCUCCCUGUGUGCCUCAGAUACACUUUAAGGAUUAUUAAUAGAGAAUAUUGAUACAGUUAAAUUAACAUAAAAAAAAAGAUCUGAGAUUCAAAAAAGGUGGGUGAAAAAAUAAAAGCAUUAUAAGACACAUCUUAAUAAAGCAGGAGCCAGUAUUCAUACUUUGACUUUGUCAAUGUAUUAUCUGGACUUUACGAUGGUAUAAUUGUACAUAAUAUUAAUAAAUAAAUAGCCUCUCCUGCCA